AUGGUAUCACCAAGAUCAUCAAGGGCUGGAGGAUCGAAGCCGACCGACACUCCUCAACCUUCCAUUCGAAACAUCCAACUGGACUCAAUUGGCCAUCAUCCACCAUCGGAUUCUCCAUUACGAAACCGAGUUCCUGAACCAGUUCCACCUUUUCUCUCAUCAGGUCGCCCUUCUGCUGAACCAUCACCAGAAAACCCUAGUCCUGACUCUACUGAACCAUCAUCUACAAGUACAACCUCUGCUGAACCCUCACCACCUGACUCUCCUCAAUAUCCACACUACUUUCUUCGAAGGUUUCCACCCUACUUUUUCCGAGUGCCACCUCGCCGCAUUUCUCGACCUUCCACUCCUGACGUACCACUGUACCCUUGGGUUCAAGCUAUGUAUCAACCACCAGCCCCUGAGGGUCAGCCACAACCAUUAUUCCCUUGGGCUAGGGCUUUGACUGGGAGUAUGUACCUACAUCCACCAUCUCCUCCGCCACAACUACCACCACCGCCUUCCCCUCCGCCACAACUACCACCACCGCAUUCCCCUCCGCAGCAAACUGAUCAUGAACGUUUCCUCACAAAUGUCAUAAUCAACUUAGUCAUUAUCGACAUUUUCGCUCUUGUUUUUGGGGUGGGGUGUUACUUUGGUGGAAGGACUUGAUUACUCAGGAAUGGUUUAGCAGUUUCAAGGGCAUGCAGGUCACAUAUGAGAAGCUGAACCAAGUCAAUAACUUGUGGAAAAAGUUUUAGUUUAAUUUCAUUGAGACCAAUGUUGAAUAUGGUUUGUUUGUUAUCAUUUAA